CACUGGAGCUCGCAUCACAUCCCUACCUACCACUGUGUGUGACCAGCUACCCAACCUGCAAGUGCUAGAUCUGUCCUACAACAUGAUCCAGGCUCUGCCCAGCUUCAGAGGAUGUGAGAAGAUUCAGAAAAUUGAUCUGCACCACAAUGAAAUUAAAGAGCUGCAAGCUGACACAUUCCAGGGACUGACUUCCCUACGGUCUCUUGACCUGGCUUGGAACAAGCUGUCCUCUCUGAACCCGCUGUCCUUCUCCAGUCUGCCUGCCCUCAUCAAACUUGAUCUUACUUCCAACCGGUUGUCCUACCUGCCUGUAUCUGGGCUCCAUGGACUCACACACCUCAAACUAGCUGGCAACGAGGACCUGCAGGAGCUACUGCCUGCUGAGAGCCUCCCCAAACUGAGGGUGAUGGAGCUGCCCUAUGCCUUCCAGUGCUGUGCCUUCGUCUCCUGUGAGAAACACUCCUCUCCCUGGGACAGAGACAAUAACCACAACGGGAAGGACGACUUCGGGAGGAGGGAGGGCAUCUUGUCUAACCAAGACCACGAGGACUUUCUGUUGGACUUUGAUGAUGAGCCCAAAUCCCACCACACUGUCCAGUGUUCCCCAUCACCUGGUCCGUUCCGUCCUUGCCACCACCUGUUUGGCAGCUGGUUGAUCCGUGUUGGUGUGUGGGUCAUUGCUACUCUCUCCCUGGUCUGCAACACACUGGUGAUGGUCUCCAUCUUUCUCUCCCCGUCCUUCCUGUCCCCUGUGAAGCUGCUGAUUGGCCUGCUGGCUCUGGUAAACAGUCUGAUGGGGCUGUGGUCUGCCACGCUGGCCACUGUCGAUGCCUUGACCUUCGGCAGCUUCGGCCGCUACGGGGCGCGAUGGGAGAGCAGCACGGGCUGCAAGCUGACCGGCUUCGUCUCCAUCUUCGCUUCUGAGACCAGUAUCUUCUUACUGACUGUGGCCGCCCUGGAGAGGGGGCUGUCGAUACGGAGAGGCAAGGCCGCCGAGGGGAAGACUUCGCCGGGCACGCUGAGGCUGGUGGCCGCCUUGUGUUUCCUUCUGGGCCUGGCUAUCACCCUGCUCCCCCUGCUGGGGGACUACGGAGUCUCCUCCAUCUGUCUCCCCAUGCCCUACGAAGAGCCCUCCUCUCUGGGCUUCAUGGUGGCUCUAGUCCUGGUCAACUCCCUAUGUUAUCUCAUCAUGACCGUCACAUACGCCCGCCUCUACUGCAGCCUGGAGAAAGGAGAGCCGGACAACCUGUGGGACUGCUCCAUGAUCCGUCACGUGGCCUGGCUGCUGUUCACCAACUGUCUCCUCUACUUCCCUGUAGCCUUCCUCUCCUUCUCCUCCCUGCUGAAACUGCCCUCGGUAGGGCCUGAGGUGGUGAAGUCAGUGCUUCUAGUGGUGGUUCCUCUCCCAGCCUGCCUCAACCCUCUACUCUACGUCCUCUUCAACCCUCACUUCAGAGAGGACCUGGGCCUACUCCACAGAAGGACUCGCGGCGCCCUGCACCUCAGCAGACCCCGCCGACUCAGCCUCGUCUCGCUCAACUCGGAGGACGCCGAGAAACAGUCAUGUGACUCCACGCAGGCCCUGGUCACCUUCGGGGUGUCAGAGGAGGAGGAGGAGUCUAGGGGGGCGGGGCAGCAACCCAGCGCCGAGGCACACCACCCUCCGUUUGCCUUCAUCCCCUGUCGCUAGGCAGACUAGCGUUCAGGCUUCACUGUUUUUACUCCCAGGGCUGCAGGGCUCUGGGUUCUACCCCCAGUACCCCAUGCCCUAGAUCAACCCCCUACACACAGACACAGACUGUGUUAGAGCAGUACAUGUAGCCAGAGAGGAAGGAUGAAGAAACAAGGCCACUGCUACAUGGACAGGAACAGGACACAAAAUGGCCGCCAUGGCUCUCCUCUGAAUCAGAACUCUAAUAUAGAGCUAGAUAGACUCCCAUUGUCCUGGUUUUCAUGUCUCUCUAUCUGUCUGAAUCAGAACUCUGAUAUAGAGCUAGAUAGACUCCCAUUGUCCUGGUAUUCAUAUCUCUCUAUCUGAAUCAGAACUCUAAUAUAGAGCUAGAUAGACUCACAUUGUCCUGGUUUUCAUGUCUCUCUAUCUGUCUGAAUCAGAACUCUGAUAUAGAGCUAGAUAGACUCACAUUGUCCUGGUAUUAAUAUCUCUCUAUCUGAAUCAGAACUCUAAUAUAGAGCUAGAUAGACUCCCAUUGUCCUGGUUUUCAUGUCUCUCUAUCUGAAUCAGAACUCUGAUAUAGAGCUAGAUAGACUCCAAUUGUCCUGGUUUUCAUAUCUCUAUAUCUGUCUGAAUCAGAACUCUAAUAUAGAGCUAUAUAGACUCCUGGUAUUCAUGUCUCUGUAUCUGUCUGAAUCAGAACUCUGAUAUAGAGCUAGAUAGACUCCCAUUGUCCUGGUAUUCAUAUCUCUGUAUCUGUCUGAAUCAGAACUCUGAUAUAGAGCUAGAUAGACUCCCAUUGUUCUGGUAUUCAUGUCUCUCUAUCUGUCUGAAUCAGAACUCUGAUAUAGAGCUAGAUAGACUCCCAUUGUCCUGGUUUUCAUGUCUCUGUAUCUGUCUGAAUCAGAACUCUAAUAUAGAGCUAGAUAGACUCCCAUUGUCCUGGUAUUCAUAUCUCUCUAUCUGAAUCAGAACUCUAAUAUAGAGCUAGAUAGACUCCCAUUGUCCUGGUAUUCAUAUCUCUCUAUCUAUCUGUCUGUACAGUACCAGCUAUGUGUAAACCCCAGCCUGGCAGCUUGAUGCCGGACAGAAGCACAACUGAUUAUGUUAUGAACACAGUUAUGAACAGUUUUCGAUCAUCAUAUGUAUACCAACACAGUGGCCAAUGCUCUCUUUUAAUGAAGGUACUUGACUCUAUAAUAUGUAGGCCAGGACGAGGAGGAGGAGGAGGAAGAGGAAAUUCCACACUGCAUCUCUAUGCUUUCAGUUUUAUUUCCGAUAGAUCCCUAAGAUAAAACACAUCAUUUGAGUUUAAACAUCCUCUCUGACAGUUAUAUAAUUACCAGCGGAGUUUUGUGAGAACAAUUCGUAAGGUGUGUGUUUGUGUGUGUGUGUGUGUGUGUGUGUGUGUGUGUGUGUGUGUGUGUGUGUGUGCGCGUGUGCGUGCAUGUGUGUGUGUUGGGUCUUGUCAUCUAUCGAUACUUGGUGUUAAAAGUGUGGUGACCUUGUGAGAUUACACCAGCUAAGACUGCCAUGUCACAACAUUCUCCUUCAGCAACAACGGCACCAAUUACAUUUGGUUACAUAUGCCACACUGUGUUGUGUGUGUGUGUGUGUGUGUGUGCGUGCGUGCGUGCGUGCGUGCGUGCGUGUGUGUGUGUACAUUAUACUGUGACAAUCUGUUUUCCUUGUUUAGAAUAUGCCAGUUUGUUUUAAAGUAAGAUUUGGUGCGUAUUCGUAUUUGACCCGACUAUUUAGUUGUAAAAGUUUUCCCCCUAUUUAGUGAGUUGUUGCUUUUAGACUGUUUUAUCGAUGCACCGUUACCGUUUAGAGUGAUGACAACACAGUAUAUUACAUCUUUAGUUGUGUUUAUCAUUUAACUACGUCAAUCACCAGCAUGCAUGAUUCUCCUCCAUUACCUAGUGACUAGAGCACGUACCUGGGGGAGGAGGGGAGAGAGGGGAGAGGAGAGAAAGAGAGAGGAGAGGAGUUGAGAGGAGAGAAAGAGAGAGGAGAGGAAGAGAGAGGAGAGAAAGAGAGGGAGAGGAGUUGAGAGGAGAGAAAGAGAGGGAGAGGAGAGAAAUAGAGAGGAGAGGAGACAAAGAGAGGGAGAGCGAGAGGAGAGAAAGAGAGGGGAGAGGAGUUGAGAGAAAGAGAAGGAGAGGAGAUGAGGGGAGAGAGAGGAGAGGAGAGAAAGAGAGAGGAGAGGAGACAAAGAGAGGGAGAGCGAGAGGAGAGAAAGAGAGGGGAGAGGAGUUGAGAGAAAGAGAAGGAGAGGAGAUGAGGGGAGAGAGAGGAGAGGAGAGAAAGAGAGAGGAGAGGAGACAAAGAGAGGGAGAGCGAGAGGAGAGAAAGAGAGGGGAGAGGAGUUGAGAGGAGAGGAGAGAAAGAGAGGGAGAGGAGAGAAAGAGAGGGAGAGCGAGAGCGAGAGGAGAGAAAGAGAGGGGAGAGGAGUUGAGAAGAGAGGGAGAGGAGAGAAAGAGAGGGAGAGCGAGAGGAGAGAAAGAGAGGGGUGAGGAGUUGAGAGGAGAGGAGAGAAAGAGAGGGAGAGAAAGAGAGGGGAGAGGAGUUGAGAGGAGAGGAGAGAAAGAGAGGGAGAGGAGAGAAAGAGAGGGAGAGCGAGAGCGAGAGGAGAGAAAGAGAGGGGAGAGGAGUUGAGAAGAGAGGGAGAGGAGAGAAAGAGAGGGAGAGCGAGAGGAGAGAAAGAGAGGGGUGAGGAGUUGAGAGGAGAGGAGAGAAAGAGAGGGAGAGAAAGAGAGGGAGAGGAGGAGAGGAGAGAAGAGAAAGAGAGGGAGAGGAGAGGACGGGAGAGAAAGCGAGGGAGAGGAGGGAGAGAGGAAGAUUCUUAUUCAUGUGUUUUAGAGGUCAGAAUGAAAACCUGUGGUAAUGAUGUGUAUUGCUCCCCCACUGCACUGGGGCAGGACAGAGACGUCUUGUGUUCUGACUCUUUGUUCUUUGGCAUAGCGGUAGCAUAGCAGCAGCAGGGUGUUAACCUGGAUAGAGGUACCAGGUCACCGCCUACCAGGACUGAACCCUUUCCAAGGAGCUGGAUUGCUCGUGAAAUGAAAUAUCACCGGGACGAGGGUCAGUUCAGAGCGGCCCGCGUUCUAGUUCACCCCUUUCCUCCAUUCCUCUUUCUGUUGUCUUCUUUUACUUACUUCCUCUUGCUUUUUGGUAGACGCAACCGACUACUAAUGCCAAACAUCAGCGGCCUCUCCAGACAAAUACUUGGAUCUGAGAUUAGCAAGGUUUAAAAGCCCUCUGAGGCGAUUCCUGAGGUAUCUUCAGAGCUCAGCUCCGGGUUGUCGACCUCUCUUUUCCUCAUCCUCUCUCCUUCUCUUCAUCCUCUCUCCCUCUCUUCAUCCUCUCUCCCUCUUCAUCCUCUCUCCCUCUUCAUCCUCUCUCCCUCUCCUCAUCCUCUCUCCCUCUCUUCAUGCUCUCUCCCUCUCUUCAUCCUCUCUCCCUCUCUUCAUCCUCUCUCCCUCUCUUCAUCCUCUCUCCCUCUCCUCAUCCUCUCUCCUUCUCUUCAUCCUCUCUCCCUCUCUUCAUCCUCUCUCCCUCUUCAUCCUCUCUCCCUCUUCAUCCUCUCUCCCUCUUCAUCCUAUCUCCCUCUCUUCAUCCUCUCUCCCUCUCUUCAUCCUCUCUCCCUCUCUUCAUCCUCUUUUCCUCUCUUCAUCCUCUCUCCCUCUCUUCAUCCUCUCUCCCUCUCCUCAUCCUCUCUCCCUCUCCUCAUCCUCUCUCCUUCUCUUCAUCCUCUCCCCCUCUCUUCAUCCUCUCUCCCUCUUCAUCCUCUCUCCCUCUCCCAUCCUCUCUCCCUCUCUUCAUCCUCUCUCCCUCUUCAUCCUCUCUCCCUCUCCUCCUCUCCUGCCUUGCUGGUCACAGGUCAUAUCUACCUUUACCUCAGAGCUCUCCAGCACUUAGAACUAGGAAAAAUAGAGACUUCAAUGCUGGUUCAGUGUAGCAACCUCGUGAAACAACCGCAAAGUCUUGGCAUGGCCCCUCCUUUGUCCUUGUGUGGAUGAAUUAAGGAGCGAGAUGUCAUUACUUAUAAAGCGAAUUGCUCUUGGAAACCUAAAAAUGUAAUCAACAGUCUUUGCCAUUCCUGAAAACUCUGCUGCUCAUGGUCUGUCAAAAACCUUGCUGUCUGUGAGUUAGUUUUCUCUCUCUCUCUCUCUCUCUCUCUCUCUCUCUCUCUCUCUCUCUCUCUCUUUCUUUCUUUCUUUCUUUCUUUCUUUCUUUUUUUUUUUUCUCUCUCUCUCUCUCUCUCUCUCUCUCUCUCUCUCUUCUUUCUUUCUUUCUCUCUCUCUCUCUCUCUCUCUUUCUCUCUCAACAAAACACAAACUCGCUGUAAUGAACCUGCCUGUGGCCAUUCCUCCAUGUCACAUGCUGAAGAUAGAGAGCAGAGAAGGAGAGACAUCCUUGUCUCAGGGUCUUUCCUAGGUGUGUGACAUGGUUAAAAAGAGAGGUGGAUAGGCUGAAUCUGGGUCAUGUUCAUUAGGGCACACCGUAGAAAAACUUCUUUUUUUUAACUUUCUGCAACAGAGGUGGAUGGGCUGAAUCUGGGUUGUGUUCAUUUGGCCACAAAGUAGCCAAAUGUUUCUGUUACAAACUACCAGAUACUGGGGUAGCUGUAUGAAUCCACUGUCAAAUGUGACACAUCGUCUUUCUUUUCUUCUUCUGGUUUUUUCUCUCUCCAUCGUUACCCAGAUUCAGAAUUUGGAGGCAAAAGCUAUUUUUUUAUUAUCUUGAGCUCUUAAAAUACCAGAAUUGUAUAAAAAAAAUAUAGAUGAGUAUUUAUACCAAAAGUAUAUUAUGUAAAGUAAAGGGUCCCUGAGGAGGAGGUCUGAUGGAGGCCUGGCGCAUACUCUGCAGAUUGUAGGUAGUAGGCCUAGCUAGCCAGGUUUAGCUAGCCUAGCGUCCCGUUGGCGAGCCAGGUUUAGCUAGCCUAGCGUCCCGUUGGCUAGCCAGGUUUAGCUAGCCUAGCGUCCCGUUGACUAGCCAGGUUUAGCUAGCCUAGCGUCCCGUUGACUAGCCAGGUUUAGCUAGCCUAGCGUCCCGUUGACUAGCCAGGUUUAGCUAGCCUAGCGUCCCGUUGACUAGCCAGGUUUAGCUAGCCUAGCGUCCCGUUGGCUAGCCAGGUUUAGCUAGCCUAGCGUCCCGUUGACUAGCCAGGUUUAGCUAGCCUAGCAUCCCGUUGGCUAGCCAGGUUUAGCUAGCCUAGCGUCCCGUUGGCUAGAGGCUGUGUGGUGUACAUUACAUUCAUAGGGCCAGUGAAUAGAAUGCAUAUUUUGUUUUUAUAUCAGAGUGUUAAAUCCAUGUAAUAUGUAAUAAACAACUUUACCAAAUGAGCGUAA